AUAAUAACUCUGGAUCGUCUGCGCAGCGUUGAACCCUGGUAACAUCAGUUCCAGUAAAUGGGAAGCUUCAUAGUCAGCUGUCUGAUGAUGGGAAGAACUGCAAAGCUACACAGGGGAUGGAGGAAGUGGAAACACACAAGAGAGUGAUGACAGUUUGAUCGAUGACACCUCUGAGGAGGAAUCUUGUAUUUUUGGGAUCAACAUUUAUCAUAGUAAUUCUACUUUACACGUCUUUCAAGAGAGCAGGUGUUCCUCAGUUACUUUGCAACAUCUCCCAAGAGCGUACACAGAAACUAACAAACUCCUCUCUUCUGAGAGGUUGCCAUGGGAACUUUUGUCCUGCCACCAAUGUAGCAUCCUCAAUGUUGUAGUUGCGGAGGUAGUGGCGGAGCUGGAGGAGCACGUGACAGGAUGGGAAGUACUCCGUAUCCUGCUGGUGAGUGGAAGGAGAAGGGGCGAGGAGGCCUUCAGGAGCUGGGCUGCAUGCCCUGGAAGGUCAGCAAACAAAAAGGAGGAGGGGGAGAAGCUGCAGAGGAGAAAAGGUGCAGAGAUCCUAGGGACAUCCAGCAGCAGCAGGAUCUCUCAUCCUCCUCCACCUCCCUCACCUCACCAGCUCCUCUCCAAAUGUCUUUGACUCCUCCAGCCAUUUAUCACGAGAAGCAGCGGAGGGAACUGUGCGCGUUGCACGCACUCAAUAACGUCUUCCAGGAUGGGACAGCCUUCAAUCGGGACACCCUGCAAGAGAUUUACCAAAGGCUAUCUCCCAGCACUAUGGUGACACCUCACAAAAAGAGCAUGCUGGGUAAUGGGAACUAUGAUGUAAAUGUUAUCAUGGCAGCUCUCCAGACUCGAGGGUUUGAGGCAGUUUGGUGGGAUAAAAGAAGGGAUGUCAGCAGCAUUGAGCUUUCCAAUGUGGAGGGCUUCAUUCUGAACGUGCCGUCCAAUCUGCGCUGGGGGCCCCUCCGGCUGCCGCUCAAACGCCAGCAUUGGAUUGGAGUCAGAGAGGUGGGAGGAGUUUACUACAACUUGGACUCCAAGCUGAGAAACCCUCAACCCAUCGGCAGCCCGGAUGAGCUCAGGAAGUUUCUCCACCAGCAGCUGCGAGGGAAGAACUGUGAACUCCUGUUAGUUGUCUCAGAAGAAGUGGAAGCACAUCAAACAUGGCGGUCGGAUGGCUAAGAGCUUCUGAACAGCCAAUCACAGUCCCGAUUGGGACGUACGGGCCUGACUAUCACAAAGAACACGAGAGAGGGAGCAGUGUUGUGCACAGCCAAUCAGAUGGAUGCACACUGGAUUUCUUUCCCCUCCACGCCUCUUUUCUUGAAUUUGGUUUACACAGCCAUUGCUGCUGAAUCCUUAUCUGAUAUGCGAUACAAAGUGAAGGAGGAGGCCAGAUGCUUACAGGGAGAAUCAAACAAUCACAGUCCUUUCUCACAACACACUUGAGACUUGUUUAAUGAUAUUCUCUUCCUGCCUUCUUGUGUUUUUUUCAUACAUAUUGAUGCCUAUUUUUCUGUUUCUUGUUUAUUUUUUGUUCUUAAAUUUCUCGAGUUUCCAAAGCAGAGGGAGUUUAGGCUCUUUAUAAAAGGAAGCUUGAGUUCAUCUGUCUGGCUCCUGACUCCUUCAGUCAUGAUUUUCUCUCACGUGUCUGUUGGUUUUCGUCUCUUUUCUCGUCAUUCUUCUGGUUCUCUGACUGUAUCGUCACUUUCACUGAAGUGUGCCGUUCAUUUCAUCAGUGUCCACGUAUCUCCGUUUUCAUAUCACCACCCAGAGUGAGUGCUUUAGCACAUUGCCAACUUUGUAUUUCACAUCUUUCCCUCUCACCUUUGACAGGAGCUGACCCUUUACUGUAGAAUAUUUGCCAACACAAGUUUUCUAUUGCAACACAGCAAUGCAACACUCAGGCCAAGUACUCCCUCUAGUGGAUGCUUGCUUCAGCUCUCCUAACAAAGAAAGAAAGCCCUUCUAUCGUGCAGCUUUUUGUUGAAAUGAUCAGAGACAUCCACUGGUUAUUGAUGCGGUCUGAUUAACGUUUAGGAAGAAUCGGACUCCUUACAGUUGUUUCCCUUUUGUGAACAUGGUUAGACAGGGAGUGAGUGAAAAUGUAGUUAGAUAUGUAAAAGCUAAUUAGCCUGAAAAGUCUUUGGAGUAGUACGACAAGAAUUGUAGUCAGCUUGUGAAAUUCCUUUGAAAGUAAUAGUUUGUUUUAAGUGAAACUUUUGUUUGUUAUCUGAAUUAUUUGGGGCUUGCAUUGAUAUUAUUUUAUUAUUAUUAUUAAUUGUUUUAGAUAAAUUGAUAGUUUUGUUGUGUUCCCUUUUGUCCAAAUCUUCCCCGUGACAGCAGCCCUUUGUAGCACAGGAAUUCAUCAGAAGAAGGGGUUUACCCCCUCGUUCUCCAAGAGUCUCGUCCUAAACCUGUCGGACUCCUCUCUGAGAGAACGUCACUGUCUGUCCCGUCAAGACAUUCGCUUUCAUUAACAGGCUCUAAUUAGUAAAGCUUCAGUGUAAGGAGGACUACAGUGAUCUGGCUGGACGUCUGCUAGAAGAUCUGACACAAAGACAGCAGAUAAAGGCACGCUGGAUCUUCACCGAGACAAACAGGCCUUAUGAGAGAUUUUGUUUUGUAGCUAGAAACAGUUCUCAGCUUAAAUGUUUAAACUGUAUUAUAUGUGCUGUUUGUCAACAAUAAUACUGGCCUUAAAAUGUUUACAUUGAAAUGUUUUGGUCAGAACGGCUGAGAAGGAAGGUGAAGUUUGGCUCCAAUCCAAAGCAUUCGUACAUCUUAAGCAAAUGUUUAAUGAGGGUGUUACAUGUGCUGCCAAGGACUUUUUGUUAUGUUGUUUGUUUCAACAAACAGUAUUGGUUGUGCACGUAUUAUUUAAACAAGAAUCCUAACUCUCCAUCCGAAUGGAACUAUUCACCUUAACUCAAGUGAAACUAGACUACCUGUUUGACGGAGUCUUUAACUCACGAUAACUCUGGUUGCACAUUAGCAUUCAGCUUCAUUGCCAUGACAAUCCAUGCAGUCCUUACUUGUCUUUAAGAUUGUCACCAUACUUCACUUUGACAAUAAAAUGUUCAUAAUGACACUUUAAA